ACUUCCUGUCUCUAUCGACUCUCCAAAAAUGGCGGAUGUUUGUGGCCAAGUGUUAUUGGGAUCAGGGCUUACUGUGCUCUCACAUCCUUUGAUGUACAUUAAAGUCCUGAUCCAGGUCGGACAUGAGCCACUCCCUCCCACCCUGGGUAGGAAUUUAUUUGGAAGACAAGUCUACCAGCUACCUGGACUGUUUGCUUAUGCAAAACACAUCAUUGGGAUUGAUGGAAGAGCCGGUCUUUUCAAAGGACUUGGUCCGAGGCUUUGUGCAGGCACCAUUGGCACAGUCGUACACAGCAAAGUUGUGCAGAAAUGUCAAGAACAAGGAACCCCACAGAUACUGGGUGGGCAGCAGAAGGAGAAAGAGAGCUCUCUACAGCAGGUUGUUAAUGAGACAACCAGGGAGAUGGUUGCACGCUCCUGUGCCACCAUCGUCACACAUCCCUUCCACGUGAUCACUUUGCGAUGUAUGGUGCAGUUCAUUGGAAGAGAAACCAAAUACAGGCGUGUCUUUAUUUUUUUGUGUUUCCUUUUUCCUAGUGGGUUGAUUCCUCGUCUGCUGGGUGAUGUCCUUUCUCUGUGGAUCUGUAACCUGCUGGCUCACCUCAUCAACACAUACUCUUGUUCUGAACAGAUGAGUCACACAGGAGAAAUCAAGAACUGCUCUCAGGCGAUGACAGGCUUCUUUGCCAGUAUGCUCACCUAUCCUUUUGUUUUGGUGUCAAACAUAAUGGCUGUCAAUAACUGUGGGCUUGCUGGAGGCAGAGCUCCCUACGCGUUAAAAUAUCACACCUGGUUGGACUGCUGGAAGCAUCUUAGCAGAGAGGGCAACAUGAGCAGAGGCAACAGUUUAUUUUUCCGAAAGCUUCCAGCAGGAAAGACGUACGCAGUCGACCAGAAGAGAUUUUUCUAAAGCUUCAGGAGUGCUGAAAUGAACAUAGUUGUGAUAAUAAAACAAAAAUCCAAUAUUGCCUGAUUUGGGAAUUGGACUGUCAGCUUUUUGUAUGCAUUUGUUUGCCCUGAAUUAGUUUUUUUUCCUUAACAGCUGCCAGCUUAGGAACUGAACAGUUUUAGUUAACUGCAGAAAGAUUGUUUAAAUAAAAUGACAAAAAUAUUAGAGGGUAGAGCUGUAAGACAGUGACAUGUUUUUAAAAUAUGAACUGCCUUUCUACUUCCACAUUUACAAAAACUAAAGCUGGCGUAAUGAUUAUGUAAUUUUUCCCUUCAUGUUUUCUUUUUUGUUUUUUAUGCAUUUGGUAAUGUCUAAGAUUCGCCACGUUAAUGAUCAUGUGGGAUCUCUUUUCAUCUGGUAUUGUAUUGAUGUAAUUAUUCUGAAGGUGACCUCUGAGUGCAUGUGUAAAGGUAAUUGGGGGGGAGGACAAGUGGUGGUGGUGUUUCUGAAGUAUAUACACUGAGAGAUGUGGAGAGCGGUCUGGGUGGACACCUGAGGACUCUGAAAAAGUACUUUAGCUCCUGAUUGACCCAAAUAAAAGGAAAAAAAUGUCUUUCCUGUAAAA